AUGUGUUACGGCAAGCAAGCCAUCAUCGGCUUGGCUUGUGUUGUUGCAGCGCAAGCCCUAGCCGUUGCGCCGCCACUGGUAUCUACAGCUGGACAAACUGCUGCCAUACCAAAAUGGGAUCUUCAGUCCUCAUCAAAGACAUCUAACUGCAAUCCUCCAACAUUGUCGAAGCCUGGUGCUGAUACCUCCUCGUGGUAUCACGCCCCGGUCUCACGAUGCACCUUAAUGGGAUGCCUGCUGGAGGCCGGUGUGUAUAAGGACAGCGAGCUCUGGUUCUCUAACACACUUGAGAAUUUUGACAAGUCGCAGUUUGGCGUGAACUGGUGCUACCGCCAAGAAUUCUCGCUUGUUCCGGCCACCGGACAGCACUUCUUCCUCAAGACACAUGGCAUUUCUUCAAAAGCCGACCUAUACCUGAACGGCCAACUGGUCGCUGAUAAGUCGAAGCAAGCCGGGUCUUACGCCGGAUACACCUACGACAUUACAAAAUUUGUUGCCGCUAACAACGCGUUGCUUAUCCGCACAUACCCAACAGACUACAACGUUGACCUUGCUGUUGGCUUCGUUGACUGGAAUCCUUACCCUCCGGACAGUGGCUCGGGAGUUUGGCGUGAUGUCGAGAUCAAACAGACAGGCUCUGUGGCCCUAGGAGACUUGCGCAUCGCCUAUGACCUUGCACAGCCCCUGGGGAGCAGCGCGACCGUCACGUUGAAGGCAACGGCCCAGAACCUGGAGUCCUCCAGCGUCACCGUGAGCUUGGCAGGCGUUGUCGACGGGGAUUCGCAGCAGACCGCCAGCAAGUCCUUUACUUUGGCACCCUUGGCCACGCAAGAACUGAGCGUUUCUGUGAAACUGGAUAGCGUCAAACUCUGGUGGCCAAAGCAGUGGGGAGACCAACCACUCUAUGCUGCCCAACUGACAGCUUCCGUGGGCGGGAAGGUCUCUGAUGUUACUGCAAAGAAGAACUUCGGCCUUCGCCAAGUCAGCUCCAAGGUCAAUUCGAACUCUGAUACCAUAUUCACUGUGAACGGGAAACCGUUCCAAGUGUCUGGUGGAGGAUACUCUCCGGACAUGUUCCUCCGAUGGGACGCCGCCUACUUCGAGAACGUGGCCAAGUAUGUCCUUGAUAUGGGUAUGAAUACCAUCCGCUUGGAAGGCAAAAUGGAACAACCUGAGCUCUACGACAUUGCAGACCGUCUUGGUGUUUUCAUCAUGGCGGGCUGGGAAUGCUGUGACAAGUGGGAAGCAUGGAGUUACAAUGACGAGGGAAGCUCCAAAGCGGUAUGGGUCGACAGCGAUUACGUUAUAGGCAACGCAAGCAUGCUACAUGAAGCACUCAUGAUUCAAUCGCACCCCAGCGCUCUUGCGUUCCUUGUUGGAAGCGAUUUCUGGCCAGAUGAUAAGGCUACUGCCCUAUAUCUCAACUCGCUCAAAGCAGCUGACUGGAAUGCUGCCAUUAUCUCCUCUGCCUCCAAGCGCGGGUAUCCCAAGGCACUUGGACCGUCGGGCAUGAAGAUGGACGGCCCAUAUGAUUGGGUUCCCCCUAAUUACUGGUUCGACACAACUGGUAGUGAAGACCGCUUGGGUUCUUCAUUUGGCUUUGGAUCUGAGUUGGGUUCUGGUGUUGGAACCCCUGAACUCGGCAGCUUGAAGAAGUUCUUAUCCAAGGCCGACAUGGAUGACCUGUGGAAAUCACCUUCAAAGGGCCUAUGGCACAUGUCGUCAUCAAACGGACAAUUUCAUAACCGGAAACUCUACAACGCUGCCCUAUACGCACGAUUUGGUUCUCCUACCUCAUUAGAUGACUAUUUAAUGAAAGCUCAGAUGAUGGACUACGAAGCUACUAGGUCUCAGUAUGAAGGCUAUUCUGCUAUGUGGAACGCUCAACGUCCUGCUACUGGCUUGAUCUACUGGAUGCUCAAUAACGUGUGGCCUGGGUUACACUGGAACCAAUUCGAUUACUACCUCCAUCCCGCUGGGUCAUAUUUCGGCACAAAGGUAGGGUCAAGAAUCGAGCAUGCCGCUUUCGACCCCGUCAAAAGCGCAGUGUGGUUGAUCAACCACUCGCUCAAGGCUCAGGGUGCAAGAACCGUUGCGGUCGAUAUAGUAGGUCUUGAUGGAAAGGUAGUGUCAUCGUCUAAGAUGAGUGCCACGACCACGCCAAACACGAGCAAGAACAUUGGCACUAUUACCGCAAUCAAGAGUCCCAAAGCUAUCCAGCUUCUGCGGCUAGUGCUGUCGGACGACCAAGGUAAGGUGUUGAGUCGCAACGUGUACUGGGUCGGCACAAGUAUCGACACAUUGAACUGGGGAGGCUCGGAUUGGUACUACACUCCUGUGUCCAAGUAUGCCGACUUCAAGCCUCUUAACACUAUGGCCAAGGCCACGGUUAGUGGUUCGCCUGCAAAGUCAGGUAAUGGGUGGAAGGUCACUCUUGAGAACAAGUCGUCUGUCCCAGCAGUCUUUAUACGGCUCAACUUGGUGGACGCAGCUGGGGCCGAUGUGGUUCCUGUCAAUUGGUCUGACAAUUAUAUUACCUUGUGGCCAAACGAAAAGAUCACUUUGGACACCUCCGGCUCUGGUGCUGCUGCUGUUGAAAUUAGUGGGAAGAACGUCGUGAGCAGUAAGGUAGCUUUAGCAUAG